AUGAGUUUUCUGAAGGAGACCAAGAAGUUAUCCGACAAAAUGAGGAAUCAUACCAGUUUCAAACCGAAAGAGCUUAUCUCAAAUGCAGCAGACGCUUUAGAGAAACAAAGAUUUCAUACAUUAGUAGAAGAAGAAACCGUUCCCGAAAAUGAAUCUCCUCUCAGUAUAUAUAUUGAGCUAGACAAAGAAGCUAAAACUAUUACAAUUCAAGACAACGGUAUAGGAUUAACAAAAGAGGAAUUAAUCAACAAUUUGGGAACGAUUGCUAAUUCUGGAACAGCAAAUUUCCUAAAAACAUUAAAAGAAACAUUCUUAGUUGGAGAUCAAGUAACAGUAACGUCAAAAUCAGAUAAAGAUAAACAUCAAUAUAUAUGGAAAUCAAAUGUUAAAGGAUCUUACACCGUCGUCAAAGAUCCAAGAGGAAAUACACUUCAAAGAGGAACCAGAAUAACCAUCAAUUUGAAAGAAGACGCUAGCGAAUUCUAUGAAGUUGAUGUUGUCAAGAAUCAUAUACUCAGAUAUAACCAAUAUGUCAAUUUCCCUAUUUAUUUAAGGAGUGUUCAAGAUAAAAUUAAAGAGAAUGAUGACAUUAAACCGGAACCGGUUCCUGAAGACAAAGUAAAAGACGAAACUUCUUCGGAAGAUAAAAACUCAACGAUAGACACUGAAUCCAAAGAAAACGUGGAUACUAAUAAAAAUUGGGAAUUGCUAAAUAUGCAGAAACCUAUUUGGACACGUCCAAAAGACGAGAUUAGUGAAGAGGAAUAUAUACAAUUCUAUAAGUCCUUAGGAAACCGUGACGAGCCAUUGACUUACUCACAUUUCACAGUAGAAGGAGAUAUUCAAUUCAAAGCUCUUAUAUAUAUUCCAAAAAGAUCUACAGCUAGUCAAUGGUCUGCCUAUUUCAAUAAAAAUCAAGACUCUAUUAAACUGUAUUCUAAACGAGUCCUUAUCACGGAUUCUGUUUAUGAACUGUUACCAGGAUGGGCAAACUUUGUUAAGGGUGUUGUUGACUCUGAUGAUCUCCCUCUUAAAGUUGACCGUGAAAAUUAUACUCAGUCAAAGAUAUUGAAGACAAUCAGCAAAAAGCUUGUUAAUAAAAUAUUGGAUUUAUUCCGCGCCAUAAGCCGUCAAGAUGCAGAUGAAGAAACUGAAGCACCCCAUAAAUUUGAUUUAUUAAUGAAUGAGUACGGACCUGAUAAAUCUAUCACUCUUGAAGAAUUCAGCCAAAAAAAUACAGCUAAAGCCAUUUAUUACAUAACUUCAGACGACUAUGAAAGCGCCAUGUCUUCACCUCACAUAAAAAUGUUUCAAAAGAAAGAUAUCGAGAUAGUUAUUAUCAAAAAUCAGCUUAGCGAAGUAUGCUUUGAACGUCAAUCCAAAUUUAAUGAUAAAACCUUUGUUUCAAUUGAAAAAAUGAACAAACUUCCAGAGGAGUUUGAUGAUUUAACCAAGGAACAAAGAAAACAAUUGUCAACUGCUUUCAAACCUUUAACUUCAGUUUUUAAGGAAGCUUUAUCAAGCAAAAUAGCUUCUGUGAGCCUAUCAUUUAAUCUAAUUGAUGACCCUGCUGUUUUAGCCUCAAAUAAAUAUGGACCAUCUGCAUUUGCUGACCGUGUAGCACGAACACAUGCUUUCUUAGACUCAUAUAAAGAUAGUUCUGCAUUUAGUAGACGUUUAUUAUUAAACCCCCAUCAUCCCCUAAUACAAAAAUAUCUUACUAUUGCACAGGAAAACGCGAAAGAUCCAAAACUUGUUGAAGCUGCGAAUAUGAUCCAUGAUUUAGCUCUAAUAAAUGGAGGCUAUUUUAUUUCUAAUCCAGCGGAAGUUGCUCAAAAACUAUUUAAAUUAUACGCAAAGCAGGAAGGCAUGAAUCCAGAAGAUUCGCACAAUGAAUACGUUUUAAAUACCGAUGAAAUGUCCGAAAGUUCAAAUGAUACCAGUAAAGAUUUUGAUGAAGACGAAGACAACAUUCCCAAUUUUGAUUUUGAACAAAUGAACAAAUUUACAACUACACCUCCAACUCAAAGUGAACAACAUUCAACAGAAAACUUUAUGGAAUCUGAUGAAUUAUAA